AGCUAUUACUCUCCGGGCUUACCUAGCAGCCGGUAACUCAGGAUGUCGCUAUCAGCAAGUGCUUUAUUAGGCUUGUGAGGGACUCUGAGCUGACUUUUCAAAUCCUGCGACCACAUCCGACACACAAAUCCCCCUUCCUCGACGUUUCUGCUACUAUUGAUCUCUGUUCCGACGCUUUCAGCUUCACUCUUUUGUCCUGUAUCAGCGAGUAGGGAUAUACAUCUGUCUACCAGACUACUCUCUUAAGCAAUCAUGGCAGCUCAUCUCCUCACGCUUCCGCUGGAGCUUCGGGAAAUGAUCUAUGAAGCAUUGUUCUCAUCAUUCACGGUUUCCCAUGGAUUUGGCCGUCGCACUGAUGAUCAUCGCACUGCGCUACUGCGAACCUGCCGACAGAUAAAUCAAGAAGCUUGGCGGUUUCUUCCCUUGAAUAUCAAGUUCCAUUUUUUCGGGACUGAGUCGAUGUUGGAAACUCUGCUCGACGCCAAUCAAUCCGUCAUCACAAGAAUACGUCAUAUCCGCAUCAAAGCAUUUCCCUUCCCGCUUUAUGCCACAGGCCGAGCAGACUACUAUCCAACCUACUUCUUCCACAAUGCAUUGGCGUUGCUGCCCGGCUUGAAUCUUGAGCGUCUUGUCGUUGAAGACAGCUUCCACGGACAUGGCCUGGUCGAGGGUUGGCGAGAUGUCGUUACUUACUUCGACAUCGAAGGGCUAAUAAAGUGUGAUGGAUGGAAAGAGCUCGAGUACAUCACGCCAAAUCCAGACUUUAUAACCUCGGGCUACGACCAUCGACGCAAGAGGGUCGCUCAGCCAGAGAAUUGGGAUUCCUUACUCAAGGAAAGAGAUGGUGAUACAUCGGGAGCUGAAGUUCGAAUGUUCAUUACUGUGGUACCGAAACCAUCCGAAGGUGCAAAGGGCAAGCAGAUUCCGAGGCCCUGGGCUGCCAGGCCAGGCCAGGAAGUCGCGGAGAAUUGGCGGUUAUCGACUCCAGAGCAGGAGCUUAAAGGCGAAGUCAGUAUAGUUGCUCGACGGGGUAGGAGGGCCCAUUAUGUACAAACGGGUCUUUCAGAGAAUAUGUCGUGGAGAGACCUGAAAUACAGGGAGCGAGGUUUUAUUCGAAAAGAUUGGCAACCUUAUUCCAACGACAUGGCAGAUGCCGUUUCGUGGGUGUAUGGAGGAUGGGGCAGGCGGAUGCAUCUCGCGGAUAGAGCACUUAACAGUUAAGAGAUGCCACAAAGGACUUAUAAGUCAACACGCGCCAGGACGGCAGCAUCGGAACUUUUUAUUACCCGCCGAGCUCUUGUCCCAAUCUUGGGCUGUCCAUUCUCCUGUCAUCUGGAUGUUAUUAAGUGGCACAAUGCCUUACGGCCUUGGGUGGUGUUUUGGGUAUAUGUGUAUUGUAUUUACCCCACACGUGCGUCAGACUGGGCGCAAUGGGAUUUCAUUUAGCCUGCAAUAUGCAAGUACUUUGUACCUAUGUGAUCGACGAGACACGCAUUCCAAGAUCCCGGAUUUGCGUUUUGCAAUGUCAGCUGUCAUCUGCCAGAGUGUUAUUCCUCACAGUUCAAAGAUGACAUGUCGGUACUUAUGGCAUUGACGAUCCGCAGCUUGGUUUCAAUGUCCUGAUGGACGGUCAGGAAUCAGCAUGCCUUCACAGAG